CCAACUCCAAAACAACAUCAUCAUCGCGAACGAUCUCUGCCCGCGAUUUCUCGACAACUAAUAUCGACCCUCAACAUUCUGGGUCUUGUGCGCAAACAGCUAUAACGCUGUUUGAUUGUCUGCUAGCCCCCUAUACUCGCACAAGGCGCGUUCUGGUUGGAAUCUAUAAACGCGCAGGAACUUGCGUUGCGCAACGCGCCACGGAGAUUGUUGAAAGACAGGCAUUGAAGAGGGCUUCAUUCUCUGGAUAGCUCAUUUGCCUUCUACACCUUAGCUUGCCCGUAGAUCCAGUGAUGCGCGCAUGAACACUGCCGCUUGACUUGACUGGAAUCCAAUUGUAAAGCGCGAUCGCCUGUGAAUAUAUUGAAAUCGCGAUAACACUAUCACCCAAUAUGUCUGACGAACCUCGAAGGUCGGUCCGCGCGACCAAAGGUCAACAUACGAAGAGUCUCGAUCAACUCGACCAACCUGCCGAACCAUCGAAGAAGCGCGGAGGAAAGAAGGCGUCUGCCAAGAAAGUUUCCUCUCAAGAAGCCUCCGCAGAGGAAGAAGAGGAAGAUGUCAUUCGCUGUGUGUGCGGAGCGGAGGAACAAGACGAUUCCGCUGGAGAAGACUGGAUCGCAUGCUCAGACUGCGAGGCCUGGCAACACAAUGUGUGCAUGGGCAUUACAACCGACAAAGAUGUUCUCGAGAACAUGGAGUACUGGUGCGAGAGGUGCAAGCCAGAAAACCACAAGGAGCUGUUAGACUCCAUGGCUCGUGGAGAAAAAUUGUGGGAGAUUCGACUCAAGGCACACGACCAAGCUGUUCUUGAGGCACAGAAGAACAAGAGGGGUAGAAAAGGGAAGGGUAAGAGGGUCAGUGAGGUGAGAGCCGAAACGCCACAGAAUGGCAAAUCAAAGACGCCAGACGCUCAACCCGAGGCCAAGAAGGAAAAGAAGGAAGCCGCCAGUCGUGCAGGAAGCACCAAACGCAAGACUAGAGACGAGUCUCACGAUGAGGCCUUGAAAGUUCCAAAAAUACGCAAGGUGUCAUCAACAAACGCCUCACCUGCACCAGCGGAGGAAAAUGUGCCCAAGGACCUUGCACAAACAAUCGCGCAGUUAGACAGCUCCCGACAAGGAGCGGCCAAACUUCUCAACAAGUCUCUUCAGUACUCUCUCAAAAUUUCUCUGAAAAAUGGCAGCUUUCAAGGCUCCGAGGAGGAUGUUGACCCACGAGCUCUAAGCUUUGCGCUUCAAAUCGAGAGAGCAAUUCACGAUGUCUCCAUCUCUAAGUCUGCGUAUAGCACUCAAGCAAAGAAGGUGGUGGCGAACUUGAAGACUAAUCAGGAACUGUGUGAACGGUUGCUAUCAAGGUCUCUCACGCCAAGCGUCCUUGCGGUCAUGAACGAAGAUGAGAUGGCCUCCAAAGAACUCCAACGCCAAACUGCAGAAAUGAAGGCACGUGCUGACAAGCAAGCCAUAAUGAUCACCGAAGAAGAUGGGCCACGUAUAAGGCGCACGCACAAAGGAGACGAGGUUAUCGAGGACGAGCACUAUGAAGGUGCCACCGAGGAGAUGCCAGCCAGCCGCCGCCGCAGCAUGCUAGAUCCUAACCACGGAAUGGGCGCAAGAUCGCGAGAAAACUCGCCAGGAGAAGACGAGCACCCUGAGCUCCCAAUGGAUAUUGACGACUAUCACCCACAAGACAGCACUCCUAGCGGUACACAAAGGCCACAGUCAAUAUCGGUAGACUCGCAGGAGACGAAGUCAGCCCAGAGGAAGGCUAGCGCGGCCGACAACUUUGACAUCAACAGCGUCUACUCCAAAGUCCAAUCACCAACUCUCUCUCAGCAUUCACGUAAGCCAUCUAUGGCAGCACCACCUCCACAAGCAAACCUGGUUCAAGACCCCGAUAUCGACAGGCUUCUUGACGAUGGGACAGAGGCAGAUUCGCCACCUUACGAACCUCCUGAGCAUGCGGAAGAUCCAUCCGUCGUCUGGCGCGGUAGUAUGGUCAUGACUUCUAUUUGCGACUUCAGUGCUACUGCUAGACACAUUGCCGGCGCAGAUCUCAGCACCGUCGGCACACCAUGGUCUAACCUUUUGGACCCCCGUCUCUCCGUCGCCGGCCGCAUCGAUCCCGGAAAAGCGACUGAGUAUCUCUGCAGUCUCCGCUACAGCCCAAAGACCGAUGUCACAGUCAUCUCUCUUUCUGCAUCUGGCGGUGAGCGCGCGGCCAACGAGUUCAUGCAGCUCUACGAAUACUUCCGCAGUAAAAACCGAUAUGGUGUCGUCGGCAACAAGACACUUGCGAACGUGCGCGACACGUACCUUAUCCCAGUGCCACCCGGGAAAGAUAACGGACCAGAGUUUCUCAGCAACCUCGACAACAACAUGCUGCCCACGGAGCGUACAGAGCCAAUGCUGAUCAUCGCCAUUGUCGUGCGCGAGCCAGAGAACCAAUCCACGCUGGCCCAAUCUUACGAUGGCAGCGGCUCACCAUCUAUGCCAUCCAAUCACAGCCACCGCCAGCUGUCACUCGGCGGCCAAGGGCCAUCCAUGUCUCCCAUCGUUCCCCAGCCACCGCAAGGCAUGUUUGCCACCCAGUCCCCCGCCCACGCUGCACCAACGGCUGGUGUCACCUCCACCCAGCCACUCAAUUCUGAGCAGCAGCGCCAGGCUCAACAGCUUCGAGGCGAGGCGGUCGCAAGAGAGAUCCUGGGCGAGUUUAUUACGGCUCCCACGGCGACGUUCCUUAUGGCGCAGGCGUUUCGCAUGGAGCCCACCGAGUGGCGUGUCAUCCGCCAGGUGUUUGAAGAAGAGAAGGAUGCCCGUGUGGAUCUGAAGAUACUGAGUGGGCUCCUAGAGAAGAAGGGUCAGGCCAAGGCUGCCGAAGAUGCGGCCAAGGUUUCUGGCGCCGGUGCCAUUGGUGCCCCACAGUGAGUUGUGAGAGAUGGGAGGCCGUUGUGUGAAAUAAGGAGUUUAUCGGAAUUUAAUUGUAUGGUGGGGGAACUACGGAUUGUUGUUUUAUACUACGAAAAAAGGCGGCAGGAGGAGGAUGUAGGGACGAAUACCUUGAACGGGAAACGAGCUUCGUGUGGAUGAUUGUGUUCGUCUUAAGCUUAUGAUACCACGGCCUCGGGCGGUUUAAUUGAGAGAAUAAGGCAGGGGAGGAUUGACUGUAUGUCAGGUUGCGUGGUUUGGGACUGAUGUUCUUGUACUUUAGUUGGCAUUAUUGCUGGUGUAGGAGCUGUGUCCAUAAGGCUUAUGAAUGCUAAAAUGUAACUUCACACUACUUUAUGCUGAAUCUCAGUGUUGCCCG